AUGAUACUCAGAAGAUGUUCCUUCGUGCUGUCACGAGAAUUUGGCGUGCCCUUCAAGGGCUUCCUAUGGCUACUAGUGUUGACCGUACAGUGCGUUUCGAGCCAGUACUGCCAGACGGAUGUCGUGUCUUUGACGGGCACCGAGUUUGGAAAUGAGUACACGUUUGAGUGCGUAGAAGGCGCGUACGUCAGCGAGGUGACCCUAUCCAGCGAAACCAACGGCUUCACUGGGUUCAUUCUGACGUGCUCUGAUGGAGAAGUCAGCGAAAUUUUCGGCUAUUGCUUCUACCGAGACACCUUGUUCGUAAAAGUGUAUUGCACCGGUGGUUGGACGCAGCUGUCUACAACUCCCAGUCUCGACACAGAUUCUCCAGCGAACGCGAGCUUUUUCUGCUUCAAUGACGGCGGUCCAUCGGGUGCUACCCUUGGGCCCUAUCCGGCAAUCGACGAGGCUUCGUGCCCUGCUCCCGACGGUCUGCUCGUGCCGGGCACCACCGGAACCACGGAUGAUGUCACCGAUGACCUUGUCAAUUCCAGCCCGACACCCGGACCCAUGUCGGAAUCGCCUACGGAGCCUACCCCUGAGCCCACGCCCGCCCCGGUAUCAAUCCCAACACCCGAACCCACGUCGGAACCGACGACCAAGCCUACCCCUGAGCCCACGCCCUCACCCGUAUCAAUUCCAACAUCCGAGCCCACGUCGGAACCGACCACCGAGCCUACCACCGAGCCUGCCCCACAGCCCACACCCACACCGGUAUCAAUUACAACACCCGAACCCACGUCAGAACCGACGGCCGACCCUAUCCCUGAGCCAACGCCUGCACCCGUGUUAGUCCAGACAUCCAAGCCCACUUUGGAACCGACGGCCGAACCUUCGCCUGAGUCGAUGCCCACACCCGCAUCGAUUCCAACACCUGAACCCACUGACAUCAACCCCGUCGGUCAACCUCAUUCACUUACUUCUUCUCCCUUGCGCAUUGCAGCCCCCGCCACUUACACGGGUGACGAAGCAUUGGCCACCACCCCGACCCCUGUGGGUUCCACGAUGACACCUACGUCUUCACCUUCGCCCAUCGCGACCUCCGCCACAGAAACGGAAGACGACGCAUCGGCCACCACCCAGAACCCCGUGGGUCCGACUUUGACACCGACUCCCGGCGUCCUGCAGGACGCAGACGACGACAACGAUGAUGGGAGCAACGACGACAGUAUCUGGACCGAGACGGGAGGGACGGGGAGAGGCCAGCCCGAGGGGUGA